AUGACGUUGACCGUGGCCCCUCCGAAGGCGCCCGCGGGCGGCAGCGUCACCCCGGGCGCGGGGUCCCCGACCGGGCGGCGCGUGAUGCGGAGGAAGACCCGCGACGUCGAGGACGACCUGGACCGCGCGCUCAACGAGGGCUGGGUGGACAUCAGCCUCACGCCCUUGGCCCGCGAGCACGUUGUCAAGCUGGCCGACCGCCUGGCGCAGAACGGGAAGCCGCUCGAGGGCCUCAAGAUGGUGCUCUUCCCCAAGGGCACCGAGGACGAGCUCCGCGUCGCGGCGUUCAUCGAGCGCGCCGUCACGCGCAACGAACCGUACGAGUUCACGGGGAACCUGAAGCAGGGCGAGCUGAACAAGAACUUCGCAGAGAUGCUGCAGGCCGAGCGCGCGGGGCAGAAGUUCGUCGCGCUGCUCACCAGGGCCUUCACGCGCGUCCCGGGGCCGCUCGACCGCCUGAAGGAGCUGCAGCUGUCGAUCCCGCUCGCCCCGAAGAAGCUCAAGGACACGCACGCGGAGGUGUCGCACCCCAUCGUGCGCGCGCUGACGCAGUCGCUGCCCAGCAUGACCCACCUCCAGGCGGUGGACUUCAACGGCUCGAAGAUGGGCGACCUCGGCGUGAUGGAGCUGGUCGCGGCGCUGCGGAGCUGCACGUGCCUGCGGCGCGCCAGCUUCGCGGCGUGCGAGCUCACCGACCGCUCCGCGCUGCAGUUCGCGUCGCUGAUCAAGGCGCACGCCGCCAACCGCUCCGUGUCGAUCAACUUCGACGCCGCGCUCCGCACGUACCCCGCGACGGACGUCCUGGGCCGGCAGAAGAAGCGCCCGUGGGAGAACCCCGGCAGCAACGUCCGGGAGUACGACGCCGGCGCGCAGAGGCCGCUGUCCGGCCUGCAGUACCUCGACCUGUCCGAGAACCACAUCUCAGACCUCGGCGCCGUGGAGCUGUCGUCGGCGCUGGAGAUGGACACGGCGAUGCUGGGCGUGAGCCUGCGGUACAACCACGUCUCGGUGGUGCCGAAGAAGAAGCGCGGGGACCCGCGGUACAGCACGGGCGUCGACGCCCUCCGCGCGGUGCUCAACCCGGACCCGCUCGACGUCAGCCAGAGCCACGAGAGCCUCAAGUUCAUCGACAUCCGGUUCCAGACCGCCGCCUCCAAGGACUGCGCGUGCCAGAAGCCGCGCGGGCUGCACUUCAGCGCGAGGGGCGCGCGGCAGUUCGGCAAGACGCAGUACACCGGCGCGCUCGUGUCGCUCAAGCACCCCGACUGCGUCAAGAGGGAGAAGUCGGUGUUCACGCGGUACACGAUGGCGGACAGCACCCUCGGCAACAACAAGCGCGCGGGGGGGGGCGUCGGCGCGGGGGGCGUCGGCGUGGGGGGCGUCGGCGCCGGCCGCCCGGGCUCGUCCCGCGGCAACAGCGCCGUCGCCGCGUCGGCGAACCACAGCGGGUCCGCGGGCAGGCAGCGCCGGCUCGGGCCCGUCGCGGAGGGCGCCGAGGGGCGCCCCGCGGACUCCCCCGUCAACGACUUCUACCGCCCCGACUCCCCCGGGGGCGAGCCCAUGGCCGAGCCGCCGGCGCCCGGCGCGCGCGGCGCCCGCGGCACCCGCGCGACCAAGCGCCCGCGCACCGCGCCGGCCAAGCGCCCGCGCACCGCGAAGCCGCGCCGCCAGCGCAUCUCCGACAUCGAGCAGGAGGUCUCCAGGCAGAUCGCGGACCGGUUCGGGAUCCGGGGCGGGGACGCGGCGGCGGGCGACGGCGACGGCGGCGCGGCGAAGCCCCGGCGGGCGAAGAAGAAGAAGGGCAGGGCUGCUGCUGCCGCGGGGGGGAGGGCGGGGAGGGCGGCCGCUGCUGCGGGGGCGCUGGGCCCGCUGGAGGCGCAGCACGCGCAGCUGGCGGCGCAGCUGGCGGCGAUGCCGGCGGGGCGCGGCGCGGGCGAGGGCGGCGGUGCGGGGCAGGAGCAGCUGGUGGGGAUCAUGGUGGCGUUGGUGGAGCAGGUGGACAAGCUGAGCCUGCAGAUGCAGGGGAUCAUGGAGGACGUCAAGUCGAUCCGGGGGCGCGCGAAGGGGCCGCGCAGGGGCGGGGCGAGCCGCGGGGGGUUUGGCGCCGCGUCCGUCGAGGCGCUGGGGGAGGUGUGUUAG